AACCUUAAAAACCACUCUAGUCUCCGUCUCUCCUCCCCUUCUCUGUCCCCGUCUCUCUCAAGCCCUCGUGGUUGUCGAAGACUGACAAACACUUCGACACGCAGAACAGAGUUAGGGCAAAUCAAGAUGAUCAUCCCAGUGCGCUGUUUCACCUGCGGCAAGGUUAUCGGAAACAAGUGGGAUACGUAUCUCGACCUGCUGCAGGCCGAUUACACUGAAGGAGACGCACUAGAUGCAUUGGGCCUGGUCCGCUACUGCUGCCGGCGUAUGCUUAUGACUCAUGUUGAUCUUAUCGAGAAGCUUCUCAACUACAACACUUUAGAGAAGUCUGAUGCCAGUUGAGGAAGCUCGUGUAACAUGUGCGAGAUGCUCGUUUUAUGUGAUCUUUGUCAAGUGUCUUAAUGUGGUAAAACCUUCCAUGUUGUUUUGUCUGGAUCACCAUCGAUCCUUAUUACCAUACUUAGAAACUUGAAAUGUCUAAUAUGAUUAUCUAUAUGUAGGGAGAUACUUAUGUAUGCACUUGAGGCAUUUAUGUUGCUGCACUAGUUUAUGAACUUAUUAAAUAGAAUGAAAGACUGAAUGCUUCUGACAAAAA